UGCCCAACAUUCCAUGAUGGAACUUGACCAGAUUGUAGGUGCUCUGGUGGCUGUUGCGCUGGUGGGAUUGUUGGUGCCUCUUUACAAUGCUUUGGUGCUCAAACCCAAGCGCCUCCGCGCAAAACUGCGCCGCCAAGGCAUCGACGGCCCCCAGCCAUCUUUCCUCCUCGGAAACCUGAACCAAAUCAAGUCAUCAGUCCACCAGCACCACAAGGUUUCCCAGUCCCAACCCCCUAACUCUCACAACUCCGCCGCUCUUCUCUUUCCAAUUUUUGAGCAGUGGAGGAGGCAAUACGGUGACAUCUUCGUGUUUUCGCUGGGUAGCAUGCAGAUAUUGUAUGUGAACCGAGCCGAUAUGGUGAGGGAGAUCACGACUUGCACAUCCUUGGACUUGGGUAAGCCUUCCUAUCAACGCAGAGACAGAGGAGCUUUGCUUGGUCAGGGGAUUCUAACAUCUAAUGGCCCUGUUUGGGCUUAUCAAAGGAAAAUUCUUGCUCCUGAAUUAUACAUGGACAAGGUCAAGGGAAUGAUGAACAUAAUCGUAGAGUCUGCCGACGUAUUGGUAAAGUCAUGGAAGAGUGGAAUUGAGAGUAGUGCGGACGGACUUGCUGACAUAAAUAUUGAUGAAUAUAUGAGGAGUUUUUCUGGAGACGUCAUCUCCAGAGCUUGUUUUGGAAGUAAUUAUUCCAGCGGAGAAGAGAUUUUCUUGAAACUAAGGGCUCUCCAGGAACUUAUGUCCAAGGGUACUCUAGGCAGCCGUAUUCCUGGCAUGAGAUUUCUUCCCACGAAAAGGAACAGAGAAGCAUGGGCACUGGAGAAAGAGAUUCGGAACCUGAUUCUGGAGGUGGUGAAGGAGAGGGAAGGGACUGGUUAUGAGAAGGACUUGCUGCAAACCGUUCUUCAGGGUGCUAAAAACGGUGACCUCAGUCAAGAGGCCACUGACCGUUUCAUUGUUGAUAACUGCAAGAACAUAUACUUGGCUGGAUACGAGACCACAGCAGUUUCCGCUACCUGGUGCCUCAUGCUCUUGGCUGCAAAUCCACAAUGGCAACAACGUGCGCGUGCUGAGGUUCUUCAAGUUUGUGGGAAUAGUACUCCAGAUGCUGACAAGGUUCGCGGAAUGAAACUGCUAACCAUGGUAAUUCAUGAAUCACUGCGUCUUUAUCCUCCAGUUGCUGUGGUGUCCAGGGAGGCCUUGAAAGACAUGAAAUUUGGGGACAUUCAUGUCCCUAAGGGUGUGAACCUCUGGACUUUGGUGGUGACAUUGCACACUGACCCCGACAUAUGGGGACCGGAUGCCUACAAUUUCAAGCCAGACAGAUUUGCAAAUGGAAUAACAGGAGCUUGUAAGCUUCCACACUUGUACAUGCCUUUUGGUGUGGGGCCCCGAGUGUGUCUUGGACAGAAUUUGGCAAUUGUUGAACUUAAAGUUCUAUUAGCUCUGCUCCUUUCCAACUUCUCAUUCGCCCUUUCUCCUGGAUACAAACAUUCCCCCACUCUUAGGUUGGUUAUAGAACCAGAAAAUGGGGUUAAUCUCUUAGUAAGUAAGUUGUGAGCUGCCUGCUGCUGUGUGUUUUAGAUUAUUUCAUUAAUAAAAUGUUAAUAUGCUAACAACUUAAGUAGUCUAAUAGUAAUCUCUUUUCACUGAAAAUAAGAGUUCUUGAGUUUAAAUUGUAUGGCAUGUGGCUGAUAUUAAUUAAGGAAUGGAGAUGGU